CUUAGUAUUUCAUCUAUGAAUGAGACUGCUUCAUUGAAAGAGUCACCAUGACCACUCUGCUACUGAUGUUUGUUCUUCUGGCUCUACCCUGCUGCAGCGCACCUGGGCAAGUCAAUCCUUUUGGAGUUCCAGUCUCUGCCCAUGCUGGGAAGUUCUACGACAUGUCUCCCAGAGAUCACGUCUGCGGUGGGCUGAAUUAUGACGUUCUAGAUUACACUUGCUGUGAAAGAGUACUGCAUAAAGAGGCGCUGCUGUCUUGCUGUGGAAACAGGGUCUUUAACCUCACCCAGGCUUCCUGUUGUGAAGGUCAGCUGACUCUUAAUGUGAGCCAGCUGGUGUCAGAUUGCUGUGGGUGUCAGGCCUAUGACCCACUCAACCAGCUGUGCUGUGACUCUCAGAUCCUAACCAGGACCCAACCCCAUUCCAAGUGUUGCGGAAAAGAGCUUUACAAUGAAGACCACCAGCUUUGCUGUGGAAAUGUCGUUAAAGGAAGGAAGGUCCUGACCAAAAUGUCCGUUCACCACCGGUGCUGUGGAGACCACCAGUUUGACCUGCGAAGCCACUGCUGCUGCUUCGAUUCUGAACCACUCUCUCCAGAGCCUCUCAAUGCAAGCUGCUGUGCAUCAUCAGGGUCUGAUCACUUGGAAAUUGCUCCGACUUCUCCAAAAUGUAUGUCUGGGAAACAGCCCUGUGGUCUAGGUGCCUGUUUCAACCCAACAACAGAACGUUGCUGUGUGAACCCUACAUCUCUCCAGGGACAAAGUUACUCCCACGACCAGACCUGCUGUGAGGGAACACGACACCACACCCCAUAUCUCUACAAUGGUGCUAGCUGUGGCUCUCAGGUCUACAAUCCAGACAGUAAAAUCUGCUGUGCCGGGAAGCUGUCCAAUAGGGUGCUUGGAAAAAACCUGUGCUGUGGUACAAUUCCGUAUGGUGUAGAGGACCGAGGGGUGCUGUGCUGUAACCAGACCUUGCACUGUGAGGUGGAGGAUGGGUACCAGUGCUCCCCAGGUGGUCACUUGUAUCUGCCAUCCCGUGACAUGGUGUGUGGCUCACGCGUUCAUCUGAACGAUCCAGGCAAACACUGCUGUGGGGAGGAGACAUACUACCCUCGGAAUGAAAUCUGCUGCAACGGACACAAACACCACAGGUUGAGAAAUGUUUCCUGCUGCGGAGGGAAGGCUUAUGACCCCAGCUGUGACCAGAUGAAGUGCUGUGCAGGGACUCUGUACGACCUGCAGUUUCAGGACAGACUCUCAGAGGAGGCCCAGUGCUGUGGGAGUGUCCUGAUGGAGGCCGGCUCCACCCAGACCUGCUGCUCUGCCCCAGGGCUAGACCUGCUCUAUCCUACCCAGCCAGGGUUCACCUGCUGUGGGCACCGCUACCCCAACUCAUCCCUGUGGUCAUGCUGCGCCGGGGUCCUGCACCCAAGGCCUGAACCACACACCACCAGCAAGAACAUGAUUCCAGGACCCAGACUUCUACCACUGGGGGAUCUGAAGACUGAAGUCCUGUGUCACAGCAGAGUUCUGGUAGGGACAGUGGAGAGUGUGUCUGUGAAGAUGAAUGAGCGGUCCAUCGUGAUGGUGAAUGCCAUGUACAUGCUGGCAUCGCGUGGCCAUGUCAGCGCCGUGCCUUCUCCUCACUACGUCACAUUACCCGACCACUGCAGCUCCCCUGAACUGGUGCCGGGCAACACUUACAUCUGGGUGAAAAAUCCUUUCUCCGACACCAUAAGAUUCAUCUCUGAUCAUUCCUCCCCUCUCCAUUCCAUUCUCUCCAGUUGCUCAAAAUGAUACUGUUAACCAUGUUUUGAGACAAUACAGUGUUUUGUUCACAAUUACAUUGCUUACAAAAGAUGUCUUUAAAACAUAACCCGUCUAUUUUGGGUUCUAAUGGGGUAGGACAGAUGAACUAAGCUCAUGAGGCGUACGUUAUAUUCUUCGAGAGUCAAUUUGUAUAUAAUUCAUUUAAAACUCAAACAAAAAUGUAUGUGGAUGAUGACCCAUUUAAGAUAUCAGUAUAUCUUUAAGCAAUUUUUAUUUGCUUACAAAAAAAACAACCAUGUUUAUGAGAUCUCAUGAGUCAUCUCAGGAUAAGUCAUAUUUUAUUAUGUUUGUCUGGGUAGUGGUUUUCUGUUAUAUUAUCGCAAACGUUCCUUUAAUGUUAAUGCCACAUCCACAAUCCACAUAACAAAAACAUCAAACAAAGCUGUCCAGUUACAGGGCAAACAACUGUAUAAACUGCAAACACAUGGUGUUAUAAUUUUAGUGUUCCUGAACAUUGUGCUGAAAAUAAUGGAAGGCUUGAAGAAAGCGAUAGGAUAUUUUAGUGGAGCCUCAGAAACCACAAUGAAAUGACUGUAUAUCAAAACAAUAGGUUGACACCGGCGCCAAACAAUUGCUUGAAACUGUGAGCGAGAAAUUGCAUCUUUCAUAUGCUUCCUUCCAGGCUCUUGUCGUGGGAGAUGGUCCAAGUCCUUGGACACAUUCCCAGUUAACCACACCGUUCUAAAGUGGACCACACAGAGCCUCCUCCUGUAUGAAGCUCUGACCGAAAGUGUCUCAAAGUAAGCCAAACGUGGCACUAUUGUAAAACAGUUCUAACACAGCAGAUCUAUGCUCUCUAAUGGCCUACACAAAGAAAAUAUCAUGUUAUGAGCACCACAUAUCUUUUGUUUCACACAACUUGUUUAAAACAGAACAUAGACAGAAACGCAUAAGCUUACAUGUCAAAUGUCAUUUCAUCCUAUUUUAGAGACUAAUGAAAAUACUGUAUCCUAUCACUACUGUGUGUAGGGGGAAAGCAUAGGGCCACUAUCCCUUGAAUAAAUUCAGGGAAAAGAGGUUAAUUUGAGCUGGCGAGGGUUAUAAACGGACAAUAGAGUGAUUAUUGUUAACACAGAGAAGCUAUGUUAAUAAAUAAGUAAGUUCGCUGACAGCAGGCUGGAGAGUGAGGUCGUAAACAUACACACCUCAGAUGCUGUCGACGAAAGACUCAGUCUAAUUACUCUACUUGCAAGGUGUGUGUCAAAGCAUCUAUUAGGAAAACAGUAUAACAGAGACUCAAUUUGGAUGAAUGAUCUCCAAAUGAUCUGAUAAAAGGAGGAACUUCAGCAUAGCUUGGGAAUGACUAUCCAGAAGAAUGAGAUCGGGUUGACUUUCUGACAAAGAAACUUAACACAGCAUUUGCACUUCUUCUCGACAUCCCCUUUGGGAUGCACUUUUUCAACAAUUGCCUUUUCAGGGAUGAUUGGAAUAGUGUGGUUUCUGAGAUUACAUUUCAAAAUUGUAUAAAAGUGAUCUGACAUGUUUAAGCAAUAAGGUUCGAGGAAGUGUGAUAUAUGGCCAAUAUACCACAGCUAAUGGCUGUUCUUACACACAACUCAAAGCAGAGUGCCUGGACACAGCCCUUAGCCGUGGUAUAUUGGCCAUAUAUCACAAACCACCAAGGUGCCUUAUUGCUAUUAUAAACUGGUUACCAAUGUAAUUAGAGCAGUAAUAAUACAUGUUUUGUUAUACCUGUGGUACACGGUCUGAUAUACCACGCCUGUCAGGUUUUAGGAUUAAUAUAGGGAAGGUCAAAUCAUUUAUAAAUUUACUACUGAUACUUUAUCACAACUCUAUUAAAGAACAUUCUACACAAGGUGUCACUUCAUUUUUUUAUAUUUGAUGGGAACAAUCCCCUACCCCUCUACACACCUCAAGUUAGCUCUUUCAUGCCCACAAAAGGCAACAUCAAAAAUGGCUUUCUAAGAAAUUCACUUUUUGGAUUUGAACUCUCCAAACUGUUUUGCGGAGCAAACGCCAUAACCACUACUCUACCAGACAGACAGAGACAGAAUGUUAAGUGGUACAUGAAAGUGCACACAUCAAAGACAACAUUUCAGAGGUUAGAGAAUGGUGUGGGGGCUUGUUCUUCUUGUGUCCACCAACCGUUCCUCAAUCUUCUUUUGAUGACUACAAACAGAUUAUGAAUCUUCAAAACCUACACUAUAGGAUGGAUGUGUUUAGGAACGGGGGCCGAAAUUCGAAAGAGGCGUGUUUCCAAUUACCAACAAAUAGACCCUAGAAAUGUUAUUCCAAAAUCUUAAUAUUAGAACUUUGUCCCUUCAUUUGCCUACUACUGUCUAUAAGCUAUCAUAACAUGUGGGUUUUAUCUUGGGGACAAGGUAUCGGAACGCUUUUGAAUGGUCUACAAAGCAUGCCUCUAGGUCAAAGUUGGCUUUUGCAGACAAGGGUUAU